GUUUAAGUAAAGUGUGAUAAUAAGAUAUUAAUUAAAAAAGUAAAAACAAAAAAAAAAAACAAAAAAAAACGUGGAAAUAUUUAUGAACAGCAUUAUAAUCGAUAUCAUUAAGUACAGAUAAAAACUGACAGAUAAGUCAGAUAUUUUUGCUUUUUUUUUCAUUUCUUUUUUUUUAAGGCAAACUUAGUUGAAAUGCAGAAAUGCACUAAUUCAGCUGCUUAACUAACAUGCACACUCAUAUGUAUGUGUGUAGAAAUAAAUAAAUAAAUAAAUAGUGAUGGAUAGUGAGAGAGAAAAGUACUAUAAGUGCUUUAGUGAUGGCGAUUAAAAUGAAUUUUCUUGCCGUUGAGUGAUCAUUAAUUAACCAUAAAAUCGGUUUGCAUUACUUGAACUAACAGUUUUAAUUUAAUAACAGCAGCAGCAGCAGCAGCAGCAACAACAACAACAACAAUAAGAAAUAUGUAUUAAAAAUUUUGAAUAAAGAGAUUAUUAUAAAUAAUGUUAACACCAACAACAAGUGCAAUACACUCUAAAACGGAACAUAGAAACAAUGAAAAAGAAAGGAUUUGCAAAUAACACAAGGACAGUGCUCUAGAUAAUCAAAGGUCAAGAAUAAGAAAGAGUGUCGAAGAAGAUAAUCAUUUAACAAAUAUGUCGUUUAACAAAUCAUUACCUUGACUAUUAAGAAAAACUAUUGUGCGUUCGCUUGCGGUAAACAGGAAAAACAAUUAUGUUUGAACAAUAAAGUAUAAAAGUUGUCAACAUUGCUAUUAUAUGCGAAAAUUUACGAUCUAGUUUUCAAUUCGAAACAUAUAAGCGGAAAAUGUGAGUUCUAAAUAACACAAAAGUACAAGCGAACCUGCGAGGUAGCAAAGAAAAAUCAACUGCUGCGCAGAGAUCUUUGAAUAAACAUCUGCGGAGAUAGAAGAAGAAUAGUAUAGAGAAGCAAUUAUCCACAUUUUAUAACAAAACUUUGGAGAUGAACAAUGUAAAACAAAUGGAAAGUAAACAAUAAAUAAGAGAAGAGAAAAAAAGUAUAUACACACACACACACACACACACACACACCAGUAGAAACAGAGAUAGAAAAAGCGACGGUAUUUUGCCAUUUUCGAAUGUUUAUUGGUUGUUGUUUUAUUAAGCACAACAUCUUCUGGUAAAAGAGUUUUUCAUUUCACAUAUUCUUGGCGCUAAAGCGCGCGAUCAUACAACAACAUGUCGUCGUCGUCGUCGUUACGUUAAUAGAUCAUUCCGUGGUAGUUGGAGAACAAUUUACGCGAUAUUAGGCGAUUGUGUAUCAGUUUCAAUGCAAUUUAAUAAUAUGUUAAGCAAUUAAUGGAACCGAGGAAUAAUUCUCCCUAAUCAGCAUAUAUUGUAAAUACGGACAAAAGCAGCUGAUUUGAAUCUGGAUGAGAAACAGUUUAUAAUUUAUCAAAGUGCAUGUACUUGUGUGGCCCAUUUUACUUGCAAGUUCACUGUAAUUAAUAAAUAACGUUUCUACGUGACCUUUAAACGCAUAUCUAGAGUAAUCGGAAUACUUUUUCAAUAAAGUCCGACGCAAUUCGAAUCGUUAAGACUGCGUUGGCUAGUGUGACAUUUAGCCGACGAUUAUUUUACGUAAACCGAACUCAUCAUGGAUCCCGACUGUUUUGCAAUGUCAUCAUAUCAAUUUGUCAACUCGUUGGCUUCAUGUUACCCGCAGCAAAUGAAUUCACAGCAAAAUCAUCCUAGUGCUAAUGCGAAUACGCCUUCCAGUAAUGGGCCUCCCGCCGCAGGGAGUGCGGGUAGUGCCAAUUCGGGUGCUGCUACGCCCGGCAAUGAUUAUUUCCCCGUAGCAGCCGCGUACACUCCUAAUUUAUAUCCAAAUACACCUCAGUCUCAUUAUGCUAAUCAAGCGGCUUAUAGUUUAGGAGCUGGUGGCGGAGGUAAUACUCAAACGAAUCCCGCAGAUAUGGUCGAUUAUACGCAAUUGCAGCCGCAAAGGCUGUUAAUGCAGCAACAGCAACAACAACACGCUCAUGCAUCAGCAGCGGCGCAACAUGUCGCCAACCAGCAACAGCAGCAGCAGCAGCAACAACAACAUCAGUAGCAGCAACAACAAAUGUUUAAACAGCAACAGCAACAGCAUCCGCAGCAGCCAUCAAAUAUUAGUUGUAAAUAUGCGAACGAUCCUUCAGCACCUACCGGCAAUAAUACUAGUUCAAAUAGCAACAACAACAACAAUACCAAUCAACAGUCGCUAGCCAGUCCACAAGAUUUAUCAACACGUGAUAUAUCACCAAAAUUAUCGCCGUCAUCGGUGGUAGAGAGUGUAGCGCGUUCUUUAAACAAAGGUGUACUCGGUGUAAACCUGAACAACAACACGCAUAGUAAUAAUGUGAAUGUAAAUGUGCCCCUUCACAGUCCCGGCGACGGUGAGACCGACUCUGAAUCGGAUAGUGGCAAUGAAGCGGGCAGCAGUCAAAACAGCGGCAACAAGAAAAAUCCUCCACAGAUAUAUCCCUGGAUGAAGCGGGUACAUCUCGGUCAAAGUACUGUAAAUGCGAACGGUGAAACCAAACGACAACGAACCUCAUAUACCCGCUAUCAAACCUUGGAGUUGGAAAAGGAAUUCCAUUUCAAUCGUUACCUGACCCGCCGAAGACGUAUCGAAAUCGCUCAUGCGUUAUGCCUGACAGAACGUCAAAUAAAAAUUUGGUUCCAAAAUCGGCGCAUGAAAUGGAAGAAGGAGCAUAAAAUGGCAUCUAUGAAUAUCGUGCCCUAUCAUAUGGGUCCCUACGGUCAUCCCUAUCAUCAAUUUGAUAUUCAUCCGUCGCAAUUUGCUCAUUUGAGCGCAUAGGACGCGUGGCACUUUUCGGGUACUGGUUAGAGACUCAAUCAGUUGUAUCAGGAACCAUAUCAAGCGGCGGCAGCAGCAAGUGUAGCCGGCGGUUAUCAGACACAAAAUUCGCAAGAUUUAACUAGCGGCAGCGGCGGUAGUGGUGCUGGUGGUGGUGCUGGUGGCGGUGGUGGUGGUGGUGGUGGUGGUGUUAAUCCUCUAUUCGCUACUGGGGCAGCAGCAGCGACCACAUCGAAUGCCGAUUGCGUUAAAUAUCCGCAAGAGUUCUGAUCUCAAGUUAUCAUUGGUCCUCAACAAAGGCUGUCAUACUCUGCGGACAGUGAGAAUGAAUAUCGUUAUCGCUGCAAGCAGGAGCACGAUUUACACGGUGGAGAUCUAACAUGUCUGACGACGGCCGAUCCACAAGGCUUAGAGUUACGUGACGAUAAUGAGAUCGGCUGCAACUUGUACUGCUGCUAAAGGUGCAAAAAGAAAAACAACAACAAAAACAAAAAACAACAACAACAACAACAAAAAAAAUUUGCAAAAAUUUUCUGUCUUCUAAGCUAAGAUAACAACAAUUUUUGCUUAGCCGCUGUUGAUAGCUAAUCUUAUUAGAAAACGUUUUCUAACAUGAAACAUAAGAUGUUCCGAGUACAACUGAUAUGAGGUUAAGAAAAGAAAAAAAAAAAAAACGAGCCUUACUUUUUACAACCCAACAACAACAACAACCUGUCAUUAGAAACAUCAACAAAGCUUCGAAAGUAAGCCAAAGGUUUUUAGUGAUCACUUAUAGUAUCAGCUCGUUUUUGUUGGCCUAUAAUACUGGCAUUGACAGUUAGUUGCAAGAGUUUUUGAAAUCAAAAAUUUGGAAAACUGUUCGCAAACAACAUAUGUUCAAAUUUUUUUUCAAUUUUUUGUUUGCCAUUUCUCAUCAAUAGAAGCCGGUAUUGUAAGCCAACAUUUUUCUCUCUAAGCAGUAUUCGAAAAGCCUUUAGUUAUUAAGUUAACACUAUUAGCAUAAUUUUUAAUUUAUUGUAUUGUGUUUUUUUUCUAUCAACGCUCCCUUCCUGCUUAGGUAGGCGUGUUUUUUCUCAUUCAUUUGUUUCAACUUCUGUUUAAACAACUGUUACUUAUUAUUAUUAUU